CCGCCAGUGUCCCUCCUCAUCGCCUCCAAUUCUUCACGCUGACUCUGAAGCAAUACACGAAGAAAAUCCUUCACCUCGGGGUCCACCGCCUCUUAAGAAAUAAACCUCCCCUCUAAUUAAAUAAACUACUCCUUGAGUAGUCAUGUCACGUCAAUCCUCACCCGAAAAUUCCAACUUUGAGAGAGACUUCUGUAGUGAUUGUCAAUUCAACUCUCUCUCUCUCUCCUCGUUUUUGUAUGCAUCGUGUAUGUAUAUAUCAUGAUGUCGGAGCGUCUCUCUCACGCGGACUCCCACACAUCUUUCACAUCACCACCACCAUAAUAUUUCAAUUUCCACCCCCAAUUCUCCAAACCCUCAUCGCAGAUCUUCAAUUUCCCCUCCAAAAAUCCAAUCUUUUUCAACAUAAAAAUGCAAAAUCCGUAUACACAGCUUCAAUCGCAACCGCCGCAGCCCCAAUUCCCGGAGCAGGAGCAGCUGAAAUGCCCCCGCUGCGACUCCCCCAACACCAAAUUCUGCUACUACAACAACUACAACCUCUCCCAGCCCCGCCAUUUUUGCCGCAGCUGCAAGCGCUACUGGACCAAAGGCGGCACCUUGCGGAACAUCCCCGUCGGCGGCGGCUCCCGCAAGACCUCCAAGCGGAGCUCCUCCGAAAAAUCCUCCGAAACCACCUCCAAACGCCACGCCGUAGCCGCACCCCAGCCGCCGCCGCUCAGAGACGGAAAAAGCAGCGAUCAGGACAAGGCCGGCGAGGUGUUCGACACAUUGCCGCUGAGUGGAGAGAAUUUCACUGGGCCGUUUGAUACCUUGGGCUUCAACUCCUUGAUGGGCUCAGGUGUGGACCACUUCGACGGUUUGCUGGACCCUAAUGGGCCGGCCCAUUUCGAUGAAACGGGUCCAAGCCCAGAUGCGGAUCCGGGUUUGGACCUUUCCGGAGGCGGUGAUGGUGAUGGUGAUGGUGAUGGGGAUGAAUUCUUGAAUUUGCAGGGCGGCGGCGGCGGCGGAGAUUGGCCGGAUCUUGCGAUUUACACACCUAGCUCGAAUUUUCAGUAGCACUGAGGUGAGAUUAAUUAGGAAAACAAAAGCAGAAUCUGCAGAGGAGUUAUUUAUCUGCUAAUUUUUUAGUUUUUUCGGUUUCGGAAGAGUUUGUUGGUUGUUUUUGUUUCUAAUUUUCUGAGGAAUCUAAUUAUAGUAUUUAAGAAAAAUGAAAAAUACGUGACUAAUAUUGUAAGAAUGUUUCUCUAGUUUGGUAUCAGCAUUAAUGGUGGAUGUGUAAUGUGUUGAUUGAA